GGAGGUGGGAAAGACAGAACAUAUAAAGGGAAAUUGCAUGUGCCCAUCAUUUCAUAUUUUUCACAAGGUUCAUGAAUGAAAAAUGAAGCUAUUCUUCCUAAAUUUCAUACUGUUUUCCUGCUGUUGCCAAACUGAAGCAGUGACCAGGGAGUACUACAUUGGGAUUGUAGAGACAACAUGGAACUAUGCACCUGGCAAUAGAAAUAUCAUCUCUGGACAGCUUUUUGCAGAAGAAGAGCAGGCUGAAGUCUUUCUCAAAAAAGGACCACAUAGGAUAGGAAGCAUUUAUAAGAAGGCUGUCUACACUCAGUACACAAAUAAUUUAUAUGAUGUAAUAGUUGAGAAACCUUCCUGGCUGGGUUUGUUAGGCCCUGUCAUUAAGGGAGAAGUUGGAGACUCUAUUAUUAUUCACUUGAAAAACUUUGCUUCCAGAAGCUACACACUGCAUCCACAUGGUGUAAGGUACACAAAGGAAAAUGAAGGUGCUUUAUAUCCUGACAACACCAAAGAUUUUGAAAAAAGAGAUGAUGCUGUGCAGCCUGGAAGCCAGUACACUUACAUAUGGGAUGUAACCGAAGAUCAAGGUCCAGCUGAGGGAGAUACUGACUGCAUAACCAGGGUUUACCACUCUCACAUAGAUGCUCCAAGAGAUGUUGCCUCGGGGCUUGUUGGACCUUUAAUAAUUUGUAGGAAAGGUACAAUGAAUGAGGGCAGUGAUAAACACAUUGAUGCUGAGUUUAUCCUUAUGUUCUCUGUGAUGGAUGAAAAUCUCAGUUGGUAUCUAGAGGAUAAUAUCAAGACAUACUGUUCUGAGCCUUCCAAAGUUGACAAAGAUGAUGAGGACUUCCAGGAAAGCAAUAAAAUGCACUCCAUCAAUGGCUACGUGUAUGGAUACCUCCCAGAUCUUACAAUGUGUGUGGAAGAUAAGGUAAAAUGGCAUCUUUUUGGCAUGGGUAAUGAAGCUGAUAUCCAUUCAGCCUACUUUCAUGGACAGACCUUAAUAGAAAGGCACCAUCGAGUUGACACCAUCAACCUCUUCCCAGCCACGUUUAUUGAUGCUGUCAUGGUACCAAGGAGUCCUGGGGAAUGGCUGCUGAGUUGCCAAGUGAAUGACCAUAUUGAAGGUGGUAUGCAGGCCCUUUUUACAGUAAAAGACUGUAGGAAAUCCACAACAGAUCAGAAUGAGAGUACAAAGAUAAGACAGUACUUCAUUGCUGCUGAAGAGAUUAUCUGGAAUUAUGGCCCAUCUGCAAUUAAUCAUUUUACAGGACAAGAAUUAAUUACUGACAGUGAAUCUCAGAUUUUUUUUGAACAAAGUGAGACAAGAAUUGGUGGCUCUUAUAAAAAAGCCAUUUACAAGGAAUACACAGAUGGUACUUUCACGGAACAGAAAAAAAGGAUCCCAGAGGAAGUACACCUUGGACUCUUAGGACCCAUUAUCAAGGCAGAAGUGGGUGAGAGCAUCAGGGUGACUUUCCGAAACAAUGCCAGCCGCCCAUUUAGCAUCCAGCCCCAUGGUGUGAGUUACCACAAGAACAACGAGGGGGCAUUGUACCGUGCUGCCUCCAGAGAUAGUGAAUCUCCAGCCUCCCAUGUUAGUCCUGGUACUACAUAUACGUAUGAGUGGAACAUACCAGAAGAUGUGGGUCCCACAGACCAAGAUCCUGACUGUUUAACCUGGCUCUAUUACUCAGCUGUGGAUGCAGUCAGAGACACCAAUUCUGGCCUUGUGGGUCCGCUUUUGGUGUGCAGGAAAGGAGCUCUACUUCCUUCUGGGAAACAGAAAAACGUGAACAGGGAGUUUUUUCUACUUGCCACAGUAUUUGAUGAGAAUCUAAGCUGGUACUUGGAUGACAAUAUUUUGAUGUUUAUGUUAAAUCCUAGUAUAAUUGACAAAGAUGAUGAACACUUCCAGGAGUCUAACAAAAUGCACUCUAUUAAUGGCUAUAUGUAUGGUAAUCAGCCUGGUCUUGAGAUGUGUAAAGGAAAUGUGGUUUCCUGGCAUUUGAUGGGCUUGGGGUCAGAAGUCGAUGUUCAUGGGAUAUACUUUUCAGAAAACACAUUCCUAACAAAAGGAACAAGAAGGGAUACAGCAAAUCUGUUUCCACAUACGUUUCUCACAGCUAUUAUGAAGCCUGAUUCCAAAGGAGUUUUUGAAGUGUCAUGCCUGACAACAGAUCACUACACAGGGGGCAUGAAACAGAAAUAUGAAGUGAAACAAUGCCAUUGGUGGAAUGUGGAUCCAUCCCUAUAUUUGCAUGAAAAGACUUACUAUAUUGCUGCAGUGGAAGUUGAAUGGGACUAUUCUCCUAACAGGACAUGGGAAUUUGAGCGGCACCAGCAUCAUGAGGAAAGCCCUGGCAAUACGUUUUUAAAUAAAGAAGACAAGUUCAUUGGCUCAAAGUACAAAAAGGUAGUAUAUCGCGAGUACACUGAUCAGACAUUCAGUACUCCCAAAAACAGAGCAGAGGAAGAGCAGCACCUAGAAAUUCAAGGGCCACUGCUUAUGUCCAAUACUGGAGAUAGAAUUACAAUAGUUUUUAAGAACCUGGCAUCAAGACCUUAUUCCAUACAUGCCCAUGGAGUGAAAACAGACAGUUCUGUUGUUGCUGUAACCAACCCAGGUGAAACAAAAAUGUAUGUCUGGAAAAUACCAGCGAGAUCUGCUUCUGAGAGAGGUGAUCCACAAUGCAUUGCAUGGGCAUACCAUUCAACGGUGGACAUCAUUAAGGACACUUACAGUGGAUUAAUAGGCACACUUGUUGUGUGUCAUAGACAUUAUUUGCCAUCAUUUCAUACUAAAAAGAAAGUUCAGUUUGCUCUUCUGUUUAUGAUUUUUGAUGAAAAUGAGUCAUGGUACCUGGAUGAAAACAUUAAAACCUAUUCUACCAACCCACACCAUGUUGACAAAGAGGAUGAGGAAUUCCUUGAAAGCAACAAAAUGCAUGCCAUUAAUGGAAAAGUGUUUGGAAAUUUACAUGGUCUUACUAUGCACGUUGGAGAUAAAGUAAGCUGGUAUUUGAUGGGAAUGGGCAAUGAAAUAGAUAUUCACACAGCACACUUCCAUGGCCACAGCUUUGACUAUAAGCAAACAGGAGUUUACCGGGCAGAUGUCUUUGAUUUGUUCCCGGGGACAUUUCAAACCGUGGAAAUGAUCCCACAGAACCCUGGAAUAUGGCUAUUGCACUGCCACGUUACCGAUCACAUCUAUGCAGGCAUGGAAGCAACCUACACAGUGCUUCCAAAAGAAGACAAACAGUCUUUGUUGCCAAAAUUAUUCAAUCAGUUCAAGUGUAAAGGUACGACAGACAUGCAAGAAUGAAGAAAACAUUUUACCACAAUGAUUCUCUGAGGUCUGCCUUCAGUGAAGAACUGCUUGAGAAGUCUGGACAAUUCAUCUCAUCUUUCUGUGUUUUACACUUCAUUUGGUGGCCCACAGUUACCAGAAGGACCAUAGACUGAGAUAGAUGAAAGGAUAUAAUAGCUUAUAUUUUUCCUUAAAUAAAAAUCGUAUCUUGCAAGCUAA